AUGGAAACAACACUAAUAGGUGCUAUUAAAGUCAAAGACGGUCUUUUUAUCGGUGAUGAAUUUGCAGCUCAAGACUUAGAAUUCGUUGUAGCCAACAAGGUUACUCACAUCAUAAACUGCGCGGCACGACAGGUUCCAAAUCAUUGGGAGCCGAUCGGUGUACGAUAUAUUUCUUUUUCUUGACUUGACCAUGACUCUCAAGUCUUAUUAGACUCCAACGACAAAAAUAUUUCUGCGAUUUACAACUUUAUAGAGCAAGCUUUAAAAGAAGGCGAAAGCACACUUGUUCAUUCUGUCAGAGGAGUUUCGAGAUCCGCAGCCAUUGUUUCAGCUUAUUUAAUAAAACGAUACAAGUGAGGCUUAAAUAAAGCGCUGGAAUUUCUUUACUCGAGGAGACCAGACUUAGAUAUAAAGCCAAAUUUUGUUAAUCAAUUAGCUGCAUUUGAAAAUAGACUUGUCAGACAGGGUGAAGGGCCAAGAUCGAGAAAUUGGAAUGAUAAUGAAAAAGAAAUUGAAGAUGUGGAAGAAUUGAUAUUGAGAAAUACUUUCUUGAACUCACAAGUAGGGGCUGCAGUUGAGGCAAGGCCAAGCGGAGAUGGAGGGCCAAGAGAUCCGAGAAUUAAUUGGUCUGGGAAAGCUGUAGAUAUCCAGCCAAAUGUUAAAAAUCCGAUAGAGAAUGGCUAUGUUAUUUUGAAAUCGUGCAUUAAAGGAAGCACUAAAGAAGCUAGAGCACCUUUAGUAUCCCAAGCCGCUGAAAAGCCUAAACGAAAAGGAAAAAAAGGAGAAAAUAAUCCAAGUUCAUACAAUUCUCAAACCUUGAACAACGAGGACAAUCUUGCACCAAAAGGAGCUAAAUUGUCUCAAGUGUAUGCUCCUGAAGAAACGAAGCUAACUAAAAGGGAAUAUUUUGACAUGCCUAAUAAUCAACCGAUUCCUAAAAAAGUCCAAAUAACGCCGGCAGGAAAGCUGACCAAUAAUUUCGGACUAAAAAUAAAAGAAAAAACAGCCGAUAAAAGCUCAAGUUCCAAAAUAAAAAGGCCAAUUACAGCUCCAAGCAAAAGGCCACAAUCGCCUAAAAGCAGAGCUCGAAUAGCAAAUCCUGGUAAAGACCCAUUAAUUCCAAAAGUCGAAAUCGGACCCAAAAUCAGUUCUUAUGAUGUAUUAAAAAAACCAGGAAAAUUAAAAUAA